AUGAGAAUCGAAACUUGCUACUUUUGCAGUCGCCCUGCAUACCCCAGCAAGGGCAUCACCUUCGUCCGCAACGAUGCCAAGGUCUUCCGCUUCUGCCGCAGCAAGUGCCACAAGAACUUCAAGAUGAAGCGCAACCCCCGCAAGCUCAAGUGGACAAAGGCGUACCGCGCCUCGGCGCACAAGGAGAUGACGGUCGACAGCACGCUGCAGUUCGGCGCACGCCGCAACGUGCCCGUCCGCUACGACCGCGACCUCAUGGCCAAGACGCUCAAGGCCAUGGAGCGCGUCUCCGAGAUCCGCGCCCGCCGCGAGCGCGUCUUCUACAAGAAGCGCAUGCAGGGCAAGCGCGAGCGCGAGAUCGCCGCCGCCCGCAAGCUCGUCGCCGAGAACGAGCACCUGCUCCCCCGCCUGCGCGGCUCCGAGAAGAAGCGUCUCGCCGCCGAGGGCGCCACCGAGGAGGAGAUCGCCGCCAUCGAGGCCGAGGGCCGCGUGCUGUCCAAGAACAGGGCCGGCAAGGUGUUCGGAAAGGAGAAGGUCAGGCAGCGCGUCACCGUCGACGGAGACGUCGUCGAGGAGAGGGAGGGCGUCAUGCAGGAGGGCGACGAGGAGUGGGAUGACGAGGAAGGUGACGAUGACGAGGAGGGCGAUGAUGUCGAGAUGGAGGAUUAA